AUGUCAAUGUCAUAACAUUAACCUAUUUAGUUUGUUUUUAAUUCAAUUCAUUUAAUUUAUUAUUGAUAAAAAUAAUUCAAAACUGUUGAGUAACUUUAUACCUAUUUGGAUACAUUUAGAAUCAUUCCAAAAAAAUAUAUGAAGAGUACCAAAAAUGAGCAGUGAAAAACUUACCUCAGAGCAAAAAUCAUUUCUAGAAGAAUGUAAUUUAGAAUUUUCAGAAAGAUACACUGAUGCAGAUGUUGAAUUCAUGAAAAUAUUCGAUUCAGAAAUACCUCCGCCACCAAUUGUAUCACCCUGGUAUGGUAGACAGAGAUUCAACAAUAGGGAUAGGGACAGACCAGGAGGAAGCUACAACAACUACAGAAAUAGGGACACAAGUCGGGAUUAUAGCGAAAAUCACAGAGGUAGGGAGUACAGGCAUCAUCAUCAAAGGGAUGAUAGGGAGUAUAGGCAUCCUCAGCAGGAUAGAUUUAGACCUUACUGAAUGAAUAUACCUUGUCAAUUUUUAAUUGCUGUUUAGCUCAAAUUGUAUUACCUAUAUCGAUUAUCAAUAAAUAUCCUAUAUUUUCACUUUUAA